GCAGCUUAUGUUAGUACAUUUUUAAUCACCGUGAUUGGCAACAUCCUCUUAAUCACAGUUAUCAUCCAAAAUAAAGGUGGUAAUAUGAAAAAUGUCACCAAUGUCUUAAUUAUUAACAUAUGCUUAUGCAACUUACUGAUCGCCUUUAGUGUAGUACCAUUUCGACUGGUCGAGGCGGUUUAUAAAUAUUACGUUUUGGGUAGUUUCUCUUGUAUCAUGAUGCCUGCGUUAGAAAAAGUUCUUUUUACUUUAGCUAUUCUUCAUAUUAUGGUUUUGGCUAUUGUACGCCAUCGAGCUAUCGUAUUUCCAUUAAAAGCUAAGCCUAAAUUACGCCAUGCAAUCUAUAUCUCGUUAUUUCUGUGGGCAGUGGCUAUCGUUAGCGCAACACCAGUCAUGGUGGGAAUGCCAGUUCACAAUAUUACGGCCGAUAUUUGCUCGGUACAAUUUUGUGAGCCUCAAUUGUGGUCACCGGGAUUUUAUCGCAUAUACUAUAUUUAUCUGGUCUUAAUUAAUGAUAUUCCAUUAGCCAUUACAGUAGCGAUUUAUAUCCACAUCUACUUAGUGAUUGAUCGUCGAAAAGUGGAAGGCAGCGACAUUAAUUUAACCCUCAAGACCAAUUUAAAAGUCCUACGCAUGUUGAUCGCUAUGUUGGUUGCUAGUUUAGUCUGUUGGCUACCUUAUUCAUCGUUGGUAUUUAUCCUAUCUAUCACUACUUUAUCCUUUCCUGGCCGUGCAACACUUUUAUCCGUCUGUAAAUGGAUUGCGAUUUCCAACUGCUGUUGUGAUCCCAUAAUUUGUGUAGCAUUCAAUAAAGGCUUCCGCAAUGGCUUAAAAGCCGUCUUUUGC